CGCGCCGGGCAGCGAGGGGUUAAGCCGACGCGCUUAAGGCGCGGAGGGAUCCGGAGGCGAACGGAGCGCGGUGCUGAGGCCGCCUCAGCGAAAAAAAUGUCCGCCUGAGGAGACCCACAAGUUCUAUCCGGGGGACCGCCAGCCCGCCCCGGGACCACGGGCGGCCAGGCCCGAGAGCCGCCCGCCCCGCGCGGACCCGAGCGCUCGCGCGGGCCCGAGGCAUUCGAGCCGGAGGCGGCGCCAGGGGAAGCCCGAGCCCGCGCUCCCGGCCAAAGUGAACUUUAAUCGGGGAGAUUGGAUGCGGAGACGGGGCGGCAGGACCUGUUAGAAGUGGCGAAGAUGAAUCCCCAGCAGCAGCGCAUGGCCGCGAUCGGGACCGACAAGGAGCUGAGCGACCUGCUGGACUUCAGUGCGAUGUUUUCUCCACCUGUUAAUAGUGGGAAAACCAGACCGACAACACUGGGAAGCAGUCAGUUCAGCGGGUCAGGUAUGGAUGAGCGAGGAGGAACGACAUCCUGGGGAACAAGUGGUCAACCAAGCCCCUCCUAUGAUUCAUCUAGAGGUUUUACGGACAGCCCUCAUUAUAGUGAUCACUUGAAUGACAGUCGAUUGGGAUCCCAUGAAGGCUUCUCCCCAACACCUUUCAUGAACUCAAAUCUGAUGGGCAAAACAUCAGAGAGAGGCUCAUUUUCCCUGUACAGCAGAGACUCUGGAUUACCAGGCUGUCAAUCUAGUCUCCUGAGACAAGAUCUAGGACUUGGGAGCCCAGCACAGCUGUCUUCUUCAGGAAAACCUGGAACACCGUACUAUUCAUUCUCUGCCACAAGCUCUAGGAGAAGACCACUCCAUGACUCUGUAGCUCUAGAUCCUUUGCAAGCAAAGAAAAUAAGAAAGGUGCCUCCUGGUCUGCCUUCUUCUGUAUAUGCACCAUCCCCAAAUUCUGAUGAUUUCAACCGUGAAUCUCCUAGUUAUCCAUCUCCUAAGCCACCAACCAGUAUGUUUGCUAGCACUUUCUUUAUGCAAGAUGGGACCCACAAUUCUUCUGACCUUUGGAGUUCAUCAAAUGGAAUGAGCCAGCCUGGUUUUGGUGGAAUUCUGGGGACCUCCACUUCCCACAUGUCUCAGUCCAGUAGUUAUGGCAACCUUCAUUCACAUGACCGCUUGAGUUAUCCUCCACACUCAGUGUCACCAACAGACAUCAACACGAGUCUUCCACCAAUGUCCAGCUUUCACCGCAGCAGCACCAGUAGUUCACCAUAUGUUGCUGCCUCACAUACUCCUCCCAUCAAUGGAUCAGAUAGCAUUCUAGGAACCAGAAGUACUGCUGCUGGAAGCUCACAAACAGGGGAUGCACUUGGAAAGGCUUUGGCAUCUAUUUAUUCUCCUGACCAUACAAGCAGUAGUUUUCCAUCAAACCCAUCAACACCAGUUGGAUCUCCUUCACCUCUCACAGGUACCAGUCAGUGGCCCAGAGCUGGAGGGCAAGCUCCUUCAUCCCCAAGCUAUGAAAACUCACUUCACUCCCUGAAAAAUCGAGUUGAGCAGCAACUUCACGAGCAUUUGCAAGAUGCAAUGUCCUUCUUAAAGGAUGUCUGUGAGCAGUCGAGAAUGGAGGACCGUUUAGACAGACUGGAUGAUGCUAUCCAUGUGCUGCGGAACCAUGCUGUGGGACCUUCCACCAGUCUGCCUGCUGGCCACAGUGAUAUACACAGUUUAUUGGGACCAUCUCAUAAUGCACCAAUUGGAAGCCUCAGUUCAAACUAUGGAGGAUCAAGCCUUGUUACAAACAGUCGAUCAGCUUCAAUGGUUGGAGCUCAUCGGGAAGAUUCAGUCAGUCUCAAUGGCAAUCAUUCUGUCCUGUCUAGUACUGUUGCUGCCUCAAGCACAGACCUGAACCAUAAAACACAGGAAAAUUACAGAGGUGGCUUGCAAAGUCAGUCUGGAAAUGUUGUUCCAACAGAAAUCAAGACUGAAAACAAAGAGAAAGAUGAAAAUCUUCAUGAACCUCCUUCAUCAGAUGACAUGAAAUCAGAUGACGAAUCCUCCCAAAAAGAUAUCAAGGUCUCAUCUAGAGGCAGAACAAGCAGUACUAAUGAAGAUGAGGAUCUGAACCCAGAACAGAAAAUCGAAAGGGAGAAGGAAAGGCGCAUGGCUAACAAUGCCAGGGAACGCCUGCGCGUGCGCGAUAUUAACGAAGCAUUCAAGGAGCUUGGCCGAAUGUGUCAGCUUCAUUUGAAGAGCGAAAAACCCCAGACAAAACUCCUCAUUCUUCAUCAGGCCGUGGCAGUCAUCCUUAGUCUAGAACAGCAAGUCAGAGAGAGGAACCUCAACCCGAAAGCAGCCUGCCUUAAGAGAAGAGAAGAAGAGAAAGUCUCUGCCGCAUCAGCAGAGCCGCCAACCACACUGCCAGGAGCUCAUCCUGGGCUUAGUGAAACUACCAACCCUAUGGGUCAUCUGUAAACAUCAGCCAGUUCCAGAGUUAUCAGUAGGCUAAAUAAAG